AUGCUGUCGCUAACCUUGACCUUCUACGCAGGAUCUUUACAGCGCCGGAGAAAGCGACCACGAGAACAUCGUGAGCAACAGCCGACAGAAAAGGGGGUCUCUCCCGCCCACUCGUCCCACGAGAAUGCCGAGACGGCGCAAGCCCAAGCCCAAGCCCAAACUCAAGUCCAGCCCCAAGCUCAAGCAGAGCCUGCACGUCCUACCACCAGCGUAGCCAGUGUCAGUGGCCGGUAUGGCGAUGAAAAAGAAUCCUCCCCAACCACCCGGGACAGAGUCAGUCCGCGGGCGGCCAUCACAACCAGUAUCAGCACCAGCACCACCACGACUUCGUCUCAGACUGAAUGGAACACCAGACGAGAGGCACCCAUCAACAUCCACGAUCUGUCCUUUAUUCUGCAUCCCUCGCACGAAGUCUCCACGCCUGAAAAGGAUCAGGCCAAGGCCUUCAGCAGUGCUGGCUCCGACCAUGAACCCGGUCUCAUGGCCAAGGUCUGCGCCGGUUUGGGGGUGGAUCAAUCGACCUUGGAAACAGCCGUGAAAGUGUAUUUCGACAACAUGGUGGCCGUGAGCCUGUUUCACGAACCCAGCUUUCGCGAAAAGAUCCACGGAAUCGCGUCUGCUCUGCACGUGCAGGCCUUGCUGGUGGCCAUGCUGGCUUACGCGGCCCGGUUCUACCCGACCGAGACGGACGGCAUGUCGACCUUGGGGGUCGGCGUCGGCGUCGGCAUGGGCAUGGGCGAACCCAAUCUCCAGACGGGAUAUUUGCUGGAUCUCGCCUUUAGCAGCAUCGAGGGGGCGCUGAAGCAGUGCGGCGACGAAGCCCCUCCUCUGUGUAUUUUACAGGCGCUCAUCAUCGCCACCCAUUGUCAGCUCACCCAGGCCGUACGUGGAAAGGCGUGGCGGUCGCUGGGAACGUGCAUCCGACUGGCGUAUGAGCUGAAUCUGCACCUGGUCGAUGCCGAAGAUGCCGUCAAAGACCCCCAAACCCUCGACGUGCAGCAAUGGUGUGAGGACGAGGAGAAGCGGCGGGCGUGGUGGGCCAUCUGGGAGAUGGACGUCUUCGCCAGCACCAUCCGACGCACCCCUCCGGCCGUGGAUUGGUCACAAAUGGAGACCCUGUUACCGGUGGAGGAUCAAGACUGGUUCCAAAACCGACCGCGGCCCAGCUGCUUUAUGGAGCGAGAUCCCAUCGGUCGGUGGAAGGUGCUGCAGGAAUGCGGCAACCAGUCGACCAAGGCUUGGUUCUUGGUGGUGAACUCGCUCAUGAAGGAGGCUCAGGUCAUCUCCAGUCCCCGAAGUAUCCCUCACCGAACCCCGCCCGAGCGAGGUCAACAGACUCGAUCCAGCGGCGUCCACUACGGUGCCGGGGUCGGUGCCGGGCGCGCCAGAGACAGCGUGGACGAAGCGACCAAGAAACUAGAAGCGCUGGCCAACUCGGUGCAUUGCUUUUCGUUGGCCUUGCCGGGUCAUCUACAAUACCGCAAUCAAUACCUCGGCUUUGAUCCCCGCGCUCCGGGCCAGAUGUUUUCUCCUCGCCAGCUGCACUGUGGCAUCUACAACAUCUACGUCAUGACACAGCUGGCCCGGCUCAUGAUCUAUCGGUACGACGUGUUUGGAGGUCGGAAUCCCAUUGCCCGCCGCACGCACGAACCCUCCAGUGGUGGCCCAACCGCCAACGCCGGCGUCGCCGCCGCCACUGGCAGAACCCGUCCGAACACGCCGCGGCCGAUGGCCAUGUCCAUCUCGAACUCGAGUGGGUACGAGACGGAGAAUCUGGCGCUCUCCCGCUACUUUGAGGCCACCGACAACAUUCUGACCAUUGUCAGCCGGAGUAGCGACGAUCACAUCCGACACAUCAACCCCUUCCUGUCCAGCACGAUUUGGCUGGCGUCCGCCGUGCAAUUGCUCCGGAUGGAGUUCUCGCGAGACGACAUCAGCCGGACCUUGAUCAAAUCCAAGUUUGAAGUCCUGUACAUGACCUACAAACGAUGCGUCUCUUUCUGGGAUGUCCACACCGCUCUGCAGGAGAACCUUGAAGCUCUACAGGCGCAACUGGAGGGACGCAAAAGUUCGGGGGUGGGUCCGGGGCAGGGCCAGGGUGUGGGCGUGAGUGUGGGUGUGGGGGUGGGUGUAGGUGUAGGUGUAGGUUCAGGCGUUCAAGACCGGGCCCGGAAUUCCAUCUCUCGGUCCACCACCAGCCAUUACGCCGGCGGAGAGACUCAGGCGCGAUUUGGACCGGCAUCCUUUCCUAUUGACGCGGAUGCCGGACCUGACAUGAGUCAUGAAAAUACCAUCAUGCAUGACGGCAACUGUGAAUACAACAGUUCCGGCAGUCCACUACCACUACCGAUGGCGUCUGCUGCCGCGCUGCAGUCGCCGCCGUCCAGCGUCAGCCACGCCUCCCUAGCGCACCACCAAGCCCGAGGCUCGCAGAUGGCUCGACAGCAGCCGCUCCCUCCAUUCCAACCCACCUCACACAGGUUAUCGAAUGCCACUGCGCCGGGCCAGAUGCAGAAUUCUCCAUCCGCCAUGUCGAAUAUGGCGUCGCUCGGCUACACGCAUCUGCCAGCCCAUGUAGACUGGCAGUCACAGUCGCUGACGGCAGAUGACGCGGCGAAUCCAACCCACAAUCACAACCCCAACCCCAGCCCCCGGCCGGGACUGGUGGAUGAUUUGUUUUUGAUGGAUCAGGACCAAGCAGCCCGAGGCGGAGGUGGGGCUGGAGGUGUCCCGUACGCCACUGACGGCGUGGGCAACUUUGGACAGGACUGGCGAAACAUCGAUCUUCCGGACGACAUUGCCGAUUUGUUGUGGGGGGUAUCAGCGUAUUGA